CUAUGAAAAUAAACCCAUGGGCUGAAGCAUCUGCAGAAUAAACGAGUGGGAAAGCUUAUAGUUUACAGGUGAAAUCCUCCUCUUGCAAGAUUGCCAGCUACUGGAAAUGACUUUACUAGGGAAUGAAGCAGUCACGGAUCGAAAACUUACUUUGGAUUCUUGUCAGCUUUCAGAAUAAUACCAAAACACUGGAUGUCUACAGAAUCUUUCACCUCAGGAUCUCAGACAUCUGAGAUGCCUGAUGGGCUCCCUCCAGAAAACAGCUGUCUGCCUCCUGUUCCUGUCCAUUUUCUCAAGAGCCUCCAACAGCACACUUGCAACCUUCGUCUGCAGUGAUGUCAAGACAGAAUAUUACAAACCGGCAGCAAUUUCAUGCAUUGGCAGCAAAAAUAUUACAAACGUGAUAGUUAAGCGCUGUGAAAAUUGUAAUAAACAGAACUCAUGCUUAGAAACUGUUAUUAACACGUGGAGAGGAAACAAUUCCAGUGAAAAAGGAAGAAUUCGGUUGGUGCUUCAGCACAACGUUUCUGAAGUGCACAUACAGGAAGUUAAAGCAACUGAUCAAGGAGGUUAUAAAUGGUAUCUUUAUUCUGACGCUGGAGUAGGCGAUGGAUGUGCAACCCUUGAGAUUACAGCUCCUGAAAUUGAGCCUAGCCUCACCUGGAAUGGAAGAAAGCUCGCCUGCCUGUCACCUACAGGGCAUCCACAAAGGCAGCUCCAUUGGUUCGAUGAUCACGGGACUAACCUGACGGGCAGUGCAAGCCUGGUUUCUGAGGAAGUAGAAGGUGGCUUAACCAGCCUUACUAGCACUCUCCAUGAGACACCCAUCUUAACUGCCUCCAAGUAUUGCUGCACUGUGCUGUAUGAUGUGCACACCAAGAGAAACAAAACCAAGUGCCUUAGUACCCACAAAGCAGUCACUGAUUAUCCUCAUUUCACUUCAACCCCAGAUCCAGAAAUUCCGAAGACUAUGAAAGAGCACGUUCCCAUCAUUCUAGUGCCCAUCAUUCUGGUUCUCUGCUGUUUUGCAGCUGUUCUAUACUACAAGUGCUGCCAGCGAGCAAAGCCAGAGGGAAUUUUCAGACCUAUUAAGGACCCUCCUUCCAAUUUUGAGACAACAUGAAAAAGUAGAAGAAAAUGCACCUAACCAAGAAGUGUGACAGGUGAAAAAAAAAUGGCUCCUGAAUGAAAACGAUGAUCCAGCCUGCACCAAUGCAACUGAAUUUAAGCAAAGCAGUAGAGACAGAAACUCAGAGAUUCAGUACAUACACGCUAAGCAAUCAAACAGUGUGACACAACUAGCAUUUUAAAGACUUUUUUUUGUCAGACAUCCCCCGUUUUGCAGACUGGGGGCUACAUUCUCCUCUCAGUUUCACUGGUGUAACUCAGUGGAAAAUGUGGCCUGAUAAUUUGAGCAAAGUUCUUUCCCUCCCUGAAACACUGAUGCUUUAAGGCCUUAUUUUCCCCACUUUUGAUGGAAUCAAAGCUUUGUUUCCUACCUUAAUAGCCAGCCCUUUAGGAUGGGCUAAUACAGCAGCUACACGUAUGGAGCAUUUUAUCCCCUGCAUUAUGUAGCAUUAUUAACCUGCUGCCAUCAGGACAGACGUGCAGUGCACGAUCACAAAGACAUUGUGGUGCAAGUGCCGAUCUAAUUCACCAACCAAAUACUGUGUUGUGAGGGGACUGUGGAACUGGGAAACAUCCCCUGACUCAGCACCAACUUCAAUUACUUGCAAGAGUCGUCUGCUGAAUGGACACACUGAAGAGAAAAUGAAUGUGAAUGGGGCCCCAACUUCACAAUUAGAUUGCAGAAGUUAAUUGCUCUGAUUUUCUUCUGACAUAUGAUAAAAAAUAUAGAAAGAACGUGGAGAAUCUUGUUUUGUGGGCUGACAGUUACCUGGAUUAUUUCACCCUAAAUAAUGAAAGUGUGGUGUGUGUCAAGGCUUUUAAUCAGGUAAUUAAAAUAUCAAUUUAGGACACUAACUUUAGGCAUCCAUUGAAAAAACAUCUUGGCCAUGGAUUUUAUCCAAACGUCUUGCUAUGUUGAAAAACACAGAGAUACCUGCCUUCCUCCCUCUGGCUGAAAAGCUGUGGGAGAUUCCCACAGGGCCAGAUUUUAGUAUUUUUUUCCAAACACUCUCUAUGGAAAGGCCAGGACCUUUGAAACCCUUGUUUAAAUAAGCUUAAUUGAAAAUUGUACUAGUGGUUGCUGGGAAUUGUAGUACCCACCAGGCUUAAACAAGCAGACGUAAAGCUGCCUAGGAUAUCAGGGAACCUUGUCCUAGAUAACUAGUGCAUGUUUGGGAGAUGCUGGUUUGUCUUCCUCUGAAGCAUUCACUAUUAGUUGCUAUAAGAUGUAAAACACUAGCCUUGAUGGGCCACUGAGCUGAGCCUAUAUUCCUGUGACACUCCAGUUACCCACCAGCGACACAAGGGCCUGCACAUGGGUGUGUUAGAACCUGGAGGUGGGAGGAUUUGUGAGACUAUUCGUCCUGUAACUGGGUGCCUCUGUCGCUGCCCAGUGUACCAUGACCUCCAGGCCAGUUUGUGUCGUCUCACAGUCACAAACACAUGCCUGGCCAUUACCCUUUCACCAGGGGUGUAUUUAUUCUUUCCUUUUACACGCUGUGAGGAUUUCAGUGCGGGGUUAUACCAAGAGGAGGCUUCCAUGCCACCUUCACUCCUCAGCCCAGGCUCAUCCUCUGAGCUCCCCUUGCUUCCUGUUCCUCCCACUUACAGCCUCCCAAUUACCUCGUUAGCUCAGUGAAUAGCACCCAGGGGCUCAUAAUCCCCCAACAGAAAGUGUCUAAUUGGCUUCAAUUAAUCCUGCACUCUUGCCAGUGCUGCAGCAAACUCAGUGACCAGGGUGUUAUUAAUAGCACCCUGUCACACCUCCUCUGGCUGAGUUUUAAACCAGUUAUUAGGCCCAGGAUCUAGCUUCUUCAGGGCAGGAAGCUGCAGAUACAAAAUUCCAUCUAAACCUAUGCAAACAGCUGGCGAUCCCAUGACCAGGUAUCCAUUGGGAUAAUCUCAGGAAUCUGUUAA